CGUCGAUGGCAAACCGCAUCACAUUCAGUUGCUCGUAUAUCGAACAACAUCAACGGUCUUCUCUUCGCAGUGGAAAUUUGAAAAGCGAUACCCACAACAGUAAAUAAACAAGUGCCAUCAACAUGUUGAGGAAUAUCUUAUUGUUGUGCAUCGUUGGUUUGGUAGCUAGCGGCGCUGCCCAGGAAUUCGGUGCGCGCAUUAGCAAACGUGUCGGUCGCGUCGGACAGAGCAAUGGAUACUUUUACCCGGUGCCUAAUCCGCCAUUCUCGCUGCCAAAACCCGAGGUUGCUGUUACUGUUCGACCGGUUACCACUGCCCGUCCAGUCGCACCUUGCCAGGUCGAUCCAAACUGCGUGGGUGCCAAUUGUCGGCCAACUGGUCCCAACUGCGGACCUGCACCCACCGUUCCAAUUAGGACCACUGCUCGUCCAGCUCCUACGACUGCCUACACUACUGUUCGUACCACCACUCGCCCAGCUCCUACCGUUGCUGUUACCCCGGCUCGCCCAACUCUUGGCCCUUGCCAAGUGGAUCCUUUCUGCUUGGGACCUAACUGUGGCCCUGUUGGCCCGAACUGCAAAACGACCACAGUUCCAGUGAGGACCACCACUCGACCAACGCCUGUUGUUGCCGUCACCACAACUCGUACAACCACGACUAGCCGUCCAGCUACUCGUCCAACCACCACUGCGCCACCUUUGGAUUAUCUCCCACCAGUCGCCGUCACGAGUACCACGACACGCAGACCGUCGGUCAGUUUGGGCCCUUGCCAAGUAGACCCCAACUGUGUGGGUGCCAACUGCCGCCCCCUCGGGCCCAACUGCGGACCGACUCCUACUGUUCCCAUUAGGACUACCCCUCGUCCAGUAACUACGACUGCUUACACCACUGCCCGUACCACCACUACCACUCGUCCUACCACUACCACUGCCCGUACCACCACUACCACUCGCGGUACGACUGCCCGUACCACCACCACCACCCGUCCUACCACCACCACUCGCACUACCACUACUAGAACGACCACUUUGCCUCCUUUGGAUUAUCUUCCACCAUCGACUACCAAAGCUCCCGUAGGUAAACCCGUGACCACCACUGGCUACAGUUAUCCCACCCCGGACAACCCGCUUGAAUUCGGACCGAGCAGCAACCAAGGCACUGGAUUGAAAUUCCCCACCACCACCACUACCACUACACGACGACCUAUUACGACCACGAGGACCACCAAGAGGCCCAGCGUUGAGCCCGUCCUUACCGAAUCGCAAGAGGAAAUCCUCUUCUGGGACUUCCGUGAGUCUAUCGCUGGCGAACCGGAAUUGGACUACCCAAUUUUCUUCAAGAUCCCUGAAACGGCCUUCACUUGCGAAGGCAAACUUAACGGAUAUUACGCUGACGUUGAAGCUCGUUGUCAGGUGUUCCACAUUUGUUCGGUUGGAGCCGACGGUGGUGUCUUCAAGAACUCCUUCUUGUGCCCUAACGGAACCAUUUUCAGCCAGGAAAGCUUCGCCUGCUUGUGGUGGCACGACGUUGAGUGUGCUUCCAGUCAGCAGUUCUUCAACUUGAACGCCAACAUCGGUAUCGUUCCUGAAUCGGCUGGUAAAGUAUCAACCGGUGCUGCAUCAUCUGCUUCAGGUAUUCAAAUUUCUGCCAGCGCUGGGGCGUCAUCCACAUCAUUCGGCGGACGAGGCGUGUCGGCUGCUGCUUCUGCCAGUUCGGCCACGUUUGCCGCUGGCAACAAGCAAACCCAGAUCAAAGGCGGUUCCUCCUACAGCGCAAACAGUUACUAAACGAAAUGAAAACGAGCGAAGAAGACCUGGGAAAAAAAAACAAAAGAAAACAACACAAGUUGUUUUUUUGUAAAUUAGAAAUCCUGCCGUUUUUUUUGUGGCCUACUAUGUUCCGUUUGUAUACCCGACAAUCCAUUUGGUCCUCAUCCGCUAUGCUGUAAAAUCUCGCAAUUGACGUUUUAGAACAAUUUGUUUUGUUUUUGUUUUGAUUUGAAGACGUUUUUCAAAAUUUUUGACUUUGUCGGUGUGCAACUACAAAUUGCAAUUAUGUUGUAGAUGUUCCAUCAACUCGUUCCGAUCGGAUUUCCCACUGGCGCUAUUACAUAUAUACGUCAAUCUGAAAAUAAAUCAAUCUAAAGGUU